AUUGAAUUGGACCGAACGAAAUGAUCGACGAAGUUUGAAAAAGAAAAAUCAAAUAUCGAUUGAAGUGUGUAAAAUGAGAUUUGAGAUAGGAUGAGUACAUCAGAGUUAAGUGUUAUUGCAGUUGAAGAUGGAGAGGAUGAGACCAUUGAUUGUGAACUGGUCAGACCCCCAACUCUGAUUGUGGAUGAUGGAAGUGAUAGUGAUAUUGAACUUAUAGCUGACUCAGAGAUAACUGAAGUGCAGUCAGCAUCUCCAACAAGGACAACUGCUGCUACUGCUGAGAAUCAUACUGCUAUUGAAGCAGACAAUAAUAUACCUAGACAACAGCCACCAUUGGAAGAUACUAUUCAGGUUGAAACUGAUUUGAGUAGGAAUAAUGAUCUUGAACAAAUGGAGAUAAGGCCAGAAUAUGAAACAUUACAUAUACCUUUACCCCCAGUUCCCCAACACUCAGUCGCUCAAUCUGUAUCUAACUUAAACCAUCCAUCAGGGUCAAUAGCACCACAGAAUCCAGGAAAUUUACAACAGCAACUGACUUUGGGUAGCAGAACCAUAGGUCUUCAGCUUCAGCAACCCCCAAAUAAAAAGAAAGAAAAACGUCUUACAAAACGACAACAGGAAGAACUGAAAAUAGCAGAAAAGCGAAGAAGAGAAAGACAGAUACAAUUUCAGGUACAAAAGAGAAUAGAGGAACGACUACAACAAAUGAGAGCACAAUCUAGUGUAUCAGAAACUACUUCUUCAAUUUUAAGUUUGUCAUCAACUUCAAGUACCUUAUCUGUAAGUGCCUCAAUUGUAAGUGCAUCAACUACAAGUAACUCAACUGCAAGUGCAUCAAUGGCAAGUGCAUCAAUUGUCAGUUCAACCAUAAGUGGGUCAACUUUGACAUUAGCUACCCCAUCUGCCAGCAGUACCAGCUUGACAUGCCAGGAAGAAAGGCCUCCACAAAGAUGUAUUACACCUGAACCAUCAGGAUCAGGACUUAAUCAAGGCUCUCCAGUUCAAGAUGAUGAAUCUGAAACAUGUCCAAUAUGCUUUGAGGCUUGGACCAACUCAGGAGAACACAGGUUGUGUACUUUAAAGUGUGGACAUUUAUUUGGAAAUAGUUGUAUCUUGAAAUGGAUCAAGAGCAAAGGUACAUGUCCACAAUGCAACAAGAAGGCUAAGAAAGCAGACAUAAUUUUGCUAUAUGCUAAAUCUGUAAAGCAAUUGGACACAAGUGCUAGAGAUGAGGCUCUACGUGAGUUAGAACAAGAGAAGGAAAGAAGACGCCUGAUAGAGCUUGAGACAGCCCAAGCAAAAAUCCAAUAUCAGCUUGCAAUGGAGGAGUGUAAUAAACUAAAGGCUGAGGUUAACAGGCAGCAGCAGCAACUAGCCAUUGUACAGAAAGUACCAGAAAUGAAGAAAGCAGUUGAGGCCCAUGGUGAUCUUCAUGGCAUACAAGUGAGGAAUCCAAGACAUUCAACUCUGACUAACCAGUCAUCUCAAGAUAACCAAUCAUCUUUUAAGCUGAUAAAAUCAAUCAAAAUAUCAGAGAUUGGGAAUUGUAGAGUAUGUGGCUACUGUGCUGACCUUGGAGCUCUGGUUGUUACACAGCCAAGCACUAAUGCCCUCUUUCCUGGAUUUGGAGUAAAAAAAGUGAAUAUGCUUGAUAUGAAGACUUGUGAAUAUGUGGCUGUUCACAGUAAUGUCAUCAGAGAUAUCUCCUUCAGUAGUGGCUCUCUCAUGCUCAGUGCUUCAACAGACAAGACAGUCAAACUGACCAGUCUUGUUAGCAAUACACCUGUUCAAAGGUAUGAAUGUAGCCAGCCAGUAUGGUCUUGUUGCUGGAACAAGGAUGACCCCAAGUAUUUCUACACUGGACUUUCCAAUGGCUCAGUAAACAUAUAUGAUGUUAGAAAUACAACCAAUAGGGUAGAAAGCUUUGAUGCACAGGGAAGCAGGUCACCAGUUGUAUCACUCCAAUAUGUUCCUAAGGGGAGUGCACCUGUGGCAGGGGAGGUGUCUUCUGGGAGUGGACUUCUUGUGGCACAGCUAAACAAGUGUAGCUUCUAUGAAGGAAGAACAUCAUCACAUACAGACUAUAAACUUCAUAUUCUGCCAGUUAAAGGUAAUAUAACCAAUGUGGCAUAUGGUGAAAGCAGCAGGCAGUUUUUGGUUAGUUGUAGGCCUACAACUACACAUCCCGCUGUCACACAUAAGUUGUGUCACCUGUAUGCAGAAAAUGUUAGCUUGAACAUCAUUUCAAGUCAAUUGGAUCGCACAUUUUAUGGAGGAAAAACACAAAAAUCCUUGGCUAAAUCAUCAAUAUUUCCGCAUCCAAAUCAACCAAAUAAUAAUUUACUGUGUGUAGGAGAUGAGGCUGGGAUGGCUGCUUUGAUAUUUGAUACAUCAACAGACAGUUUGAAACAGAGGCUCUGCACUCAAGCGCCACCUAUAGACUGUUGUAACUUUACUGUGAAUGAUUCCAACCUAUUAGCUUGCUUGACAGACAAAUAUGUAAAAAUACAUAAGUGGACAUGAUGUCAGUCUACAUAUAAACACUCACAAGUUAAUUUUUCUAGCAAUGUGAAAUUUAUUUCAAGAAUAAUCAUAUGCCAUUCAAUUUGGCCCGAGUUGGACAGAAUGUCAGUACAAAGCAUGAUCCGAAGAUGGGGGCAACAUAUGUUGAAUGGCUUAUCAUUAGUAGAAUGGGGAAAAAUGGGGAUAGAAAUCCAUGACAGAAACAACUCCUUUACUGCAUUAUGACAUCACUUAAGACAAUGUAGAUGCCUGGGUGCAUAUUGCAUAAUGAACAAUAUUUCAUUUAUUGAGAAUUACAGCAUGGCUAAGCUGCAAUUUGAUUGGAUGGGAGAUCCUAAUAAUCCUGUAUGCAUGCUCAUGUUUGAAUUCAGAAUCAGAAACAUUUAAAUGUUCUAAAAGUGAAGGACAAUAUUUCAGUGUUAAUAACUUGUGAAUAAAUGUGACUGAUAUUUUAUGAAAAGC